GAUUUGGAGUGGUCGUGUAACUGUAAGCAGUAGGGGGCUAGGGGAAUCCCAUGUUUGCACAUUGAACGCAUGAAACAGGCAUGCAAUGUUUGUGUUCAGCAUUUCCGUGCUCCGAACGGGAAGAAGACUUAUUCUAUUCAGAUCAAAGUUGAAGAUGACUCUUCAGAAUGGAUCGGUCAUAUCAGCCCCAAACUGCUCCAGCAGCACAGAUGUCAAGAAGAACAGCCUGUGCUGGGAUCUGACCCCAGAAGAGAUCAGGCAGCAAACUGAGCUAUUGAUCCAUCGGAUCAAGCAAGCGUAUGACACAGUGGGGACAGUGGACAUAGGGAAGGUGCGUUGUGAGAACACAUUGCAGGUCCUGGCAGAUGCAAAGUCGGAUUAUGCAGCAUCCCGUCACACGUUGGACUUUCCGCAGUUUGUCUCUCCAUGUAAAGAGGUCAGAUUGGCGAGCACAGAAGCUGAUAAACGUCUGUCGGAUUUUGACGUGGAAUUGAGCAUGAGAGCGGAUGUUUUUCAAAGGCUUCUGGCUCUGCAGGAAAGACAAUCCAAUGAUUUAUUGCCAGAGUCAAAGAGAUUCCUGGGACGACUGUUAAAACUAGGGAAACGGAAUGGAUUGCACUUAUCCAAGGAUAUGCAAGAAGAAAUCAAGUCAAUCUCUAAAGAAAUAAGUAAACUUUCCAUUGAGUUCAACCAAAAUGUCAAUGAGGAAAAUACUGUGCUCUCCUUUUCUCAAGAGGAGCUUGCUGGCCUUGCGGAAAGUUACGUAAAUGGUCUCGAGAGAACAGAAGACGGGCGGUAUGAAGUCACUCUGGCUUAUCCUCACUACUUUCCCCUGAUGAAACGAUGCCAUGUUCCAGAAACCAGGAGAAAAAUGGAGUCUGCCUUUCACAGCAGGUGCAAAGAUGUGAACACUGCUAUUCUCGAACAGCUUAUUGAGUUGCGGGCAAAGCUGGCCAAACUGCUGGGCUUUAGCAGUCAUGCCAAUUAUAUGCUGGAAAUGACCAUGGCCAAAAAUCCAGAGAACGUGGCACGAUUUCUUGAUGAGUUGUAUGAAAAGUUAAAACCAGUAGGCGAACAGGAAAGACUUUAUUUGGUGUCACUCAAACAUGCUGAGUGCAAGAGGCGGGGCUUGCUGUAUGAUGGACAGAUCCACGCAUGGGACAUGCCGUAUUAUAUGAACCAGGUGGAACAAGUGAAGUAUGCAGUGGAUAAGGACAAACUGAUCGAGUACUUUCCUCUGGAGGUGGUGACUGAGGGUCUGCUAAAUAUAUAUCAAGAUCUGUUGGGUCUGAAGUUCCAGCAUGUGAAGAACGCUCAUGUUUGGCAUGAUAGCGUGAAGCUCUACUCUGUAAUGGACUCCGUCAAUGGAGAUGAGAUUGGACAGUUUUAUCUGGACCUGCAUCCCAGGAAGGGGAAAUAUGGCCAUGCUGCUUGCUUUGGGCUACAGCCAGGUUGUCUUGGUCCUGAUGGGAAACGUAGGAUCCCAGUCGCCGCCAUGGUGGCCAACUUCACAAAACCCACACCUAAUUGGCCAUCCCUACUGCAGCACCACGAGGUGGAGACAUUCUUCCAUGAGUUUGGACACGUCAUGCAUGAGAUCUGCUCCAGGACUCGCUAUGCAGAGUUCAGUGGGACACAGGUAGAGACCGAUUUUGUGGAGGUACCAUCACAGAUGCUGGAGAACUGGGUUUGGGAGAAGGAGCCGCUAAGAAGGAUGUCCCGGCACUAUAAAGAUGGCAGCCAGAUUCCUGACAGCUUGCUGAAUAAUCUCAUUGCCUCUAGAGUGGCCAACACUGGUCUUAUGAACCUCAGACAGAUUGUUCUCAGUAAAGCUGACCAGUCACUCCACACUAAGGACUCUGCUGAUACUGCUGCUGAGUUUGCCAAACACAGUAAAGAGAUCCUGGGGAUCCCUGCCACACCAGGUACAAACAUGACGGCUAGUUUCAGUCAUUUGGCCGGAGGAUAUGAUGGUCAGUAUUAUAGCUAUCUGUGGAGUGAAGUCUAUUCAAUGGAUAUCUUUUUCAGUCGGUUUAAAAAGGAAGGAAUCAUGAAUCCAAAGGUGGGCAGGGAAUACAGGCAUGUGGUGCUGGAGGCUGGAGGCUCAGUAGAUGGUAUGGAUAUGUUGAAAAAGUUUCUGGGUCGUGAGCCAUGCCAGGAGGCAUUUAUUCAAUGUAAAGGACUCGGUCAAACAAUCACAGAACAAAAUUCACAUUGACUUUGCACUAUGAAGUGUGAAGUGAACAAAGAGAUCUAUCAAAUGAAAGUUUUCAUUUUAUUUAUACAGAUGAUGUUAUAGAAAAUAAAAUGUUAUAGAUUUUAUGUAGGCUGACGUCGUUGUUGUUGGGGGAUUUAAAAAAAAAGUUUAAUAUUUGUAUUAUUAGUGCAGUCAAGGUCAUAUACUCUAUAUUGUAUGCUUAUUUUAUCCACAGGGCUAGUUUUGUAUAACAACUUCUAAGGAUCCGUAUUAUAGUGUGUUCUUUGUUACUUUGUUUUCAUCCCCUUCAUUUAUUGUAGUUUACAUUAAUAUUUUGGGUAUUUUGUUACAAAUUUUAUUUCAUGUAAUGUAUCUCUACAUCCAGCUGAUUAUUAAGUAUUUACACUGAGAUGCUGUGUUGGCAAAGUUAGAAAUAAAAAUUAAAAUCUGUUUUGAAAUCA